AUGGAGGAAAGGAGGCAAGAGCUGUGCAAAGCAGUGUUGGCACAAAAAUGGGAUGAAGUUGCAGAGUUAUACAGAAGUCAUCCACAGAUUCAGGAUAUGAAGAUCACCAAAUCGGAAGACACUGCACUGCACGUGGCGAUCAGUCUGGGAGCACCAGAAGACAGGGUUGUAAACCUCGUUCAUGAGAUUGAACACACCCACGUUAACAGCCUCCAAGUUGCCAUCAAAAACUUGGAAGCUACGAAUGACCAACAAGAUACUCCUCUGCAUUAUGCUGCCACACGAGGCUGUCCCUCUAUAUGUAAGCGAAUAUUGCAGGUCCAUGAAACCUUGGCUAGUAAACCUAACAAGCUAGGUGAGACGCCUCUGUUCUUGGCCGCUCUCAAUGGCCGUAAACGUACCUUUCUCUAUCUUCAUUCAGUUUGCAGGAAGAUGCAGAACACCAGCACAGAAUUAUUACGGCGUCCAUCGUGGAAAAGAGCUAAUGGAGACACUAUACUUCACUGCACAAUUCAAAGACAUUACUUUGAUCUUGCACUUGAGAUCAUUCAUCUGUAUCAAGACCAGAAUAUUGCCAGUGUUAGGAAUAAUGCUGGAGUUACGCCUCUUCAUGUCCUUGCCUCCAUUCCUUCUGCUUUCGAAAGCGAAAAGCUGAGAAUUGAGGCUAACGUGGAGGGCCACGUUCUGGAGGUUGGAAAUUCUGUCUGGUUGAAAGCUGAUGAUGAUCCAACAAUAGGCCACCAUAGUCAAGGUUUAAUAAGGAGAAUGAAAGAGAAACAUGUAUGGAGUGGGCAGAUCAUGGAGGAACUCCUGCAACGAACUUGUGAGUAUGAUUACAGCCAAGAUGAGAGUCUUGGGGAACAGAACCAGCAAGGAGCGGCCUUAGAGAAGGACAGAAAAUGGACAGCGUUGUUAGUGGCAACAAAGAAUGGAGUGACAGAAGAGGUGAAGAGAAUCCUUGAAGUUUAUGCAGUGGCUAUUUAUGACAAAACUGAGCCAAAUAAAAGAAACAUAAUCCUUUUGGCUGUCCGAAAAAGACAAACCCAUGUUUUUAAGUCAUUGAUGAAUCACCCUCUUUGGCAUUCACUCGUAGAGGCUGUGGACAUCAACGGAAAUAAUGUACUGCACAUGGCAUCCUUUCUUCUCCAUCACAUGCCUCGUCAAAUUCAUGGACCUGUCAUGCAAAUGCAAUACGAAGCCCUCUGGUUUAAG